AUGUCAAAUACACCCAUAUUUGAAGUCAUACUGUAUUUAAUUAGUCAAGGAGCACAUGUAGGAGCUGUAAAUAGUGAAGGAGACACUCCAUUAGAUAUUGCUGAAGAAGAGGCAAUGGAAGAGCUGCUUCAGAAUGAAGUAAAUAGACAAGGGGUUGAUAUAGAGGCAGCUCGAAAAGAAGAAGAACGAAUAAUGCUAAGAGAUGCAAGACAGUGGCUCAACAGCGGCCAUAUAAAUGAUGUCAGGCAUGCAAAAUCUGGUGGUACAGCACUUCAUGUAGCUGCUGCUAAGGGCUAUACAGAAGUCUUAAAGCUUUUAAUACAGGCUCGCUAUGAUGUAAAUAUUAAAGAUUAUGAUGGCUGGACACCACUUCAUGCUGCUGCUCACUGGGGUAAAGAAGAAGCAUGUCGCAUUUUAGUGGAAAACCUAUGUGAUAUGGAGGCUGUCAACAAAGUGGGGCAGACAGCGUUUGAUGUGGCAGAUGAAGAUAUUCUAGGAUAUUUAGAAGAAUUACAAAAGAAGCAAAAUCUGCUUCAUAGUGAAAAACGGGAAAAGAAAUCUCCCCUAAUUGAAUCCACAGCCAACAUGGAUAAUAAUCAGACACAGAAAACAUUCAAAAAUAAGGAGACAUUGAUUAUGGAACAAGAAAAGAAUGCAUCUAGUAUAGAGUCUCUGGAGCAAGAAAAAGCAGAUGAGGAAGAAGAGGGAAAGAAGGAUGAAUCCAGUUGUUCUAGUGAAGAGGAAGAGGAUGACGACUCAGAAUCUGAGGCAGAGACAGAUAAGACCAAAACCUUGGCAGCUGUAACUAAUAAUGCAAAUACCACAAGUACACAAUCAUCAUCGGUAGCUGUGACAGCACCUUCAGUAGUCGGUGGCCAAGGGGCACCUACAUCGCCUGUUAAGAAGUUUCCAACAUCUACAACCAAGGUUUCUCCCAAAGAGGAAGAAAGGAAGGAUGAAUCUCCUGCUUCGUGGAGGUUAGGUCUUAGAAAAACUGGUAGUUAUGGUGCACUUGCAGAGAUUACUGCUUCCAAAGAAGCUCAGAAAGAAAAGGACUCUGCAGGUGUUAUGCGUUCUGCUUCAAGUCCUAGACUUUCCUCUUCAUUGGACAACAAAGAAAAGGAGAAAGAUGGAAAAGGAACUCGACUUGCAUAUGUUGCACCUACAAUACCAAGACGACUGGCCAGUACCUCUGACAUUGAUGAAAAAGAAAACAGGGACUCGUCUGCUAGCUCAAUACGUGGUGGCAGUUCAUAUACCCGGAGAAAAUGGGAGGAAGAUGUCAAGAAAAACAGUUUGAAUGAAGGUCCUACAUCAUUAAACACAAGUUAUCAAAGAAGUGGCUCCUUUGGUAGAAGACAAGAUGAUUUGAUUAGUUCUAAUGUUCCAAGUACUGCAUCAACAGUUACCUCUUCUGCUGGUCUUCAGAAAACACUGCCUGCCAGCGCAAACACUACUACAAAGAGUACAACGGGUUCUACUUCAGCAGGUGUACAAAGCAGUACCUCAAAUCGUUUGUGGGCUGAGGAUAGUACUGAGAAAGAAAAGGACAGUGUUCCUACAGCAGUGACCGUUCCUGUUGCACCAUCUGUUGUAAAUGCUACAGCCACUACCACAGCCAUGACUACAGCUACUUCUGGCACUGUGUCCUCAACAUCAGAGGUCAGGGAGAGACGGAGAUCAUACCUCACUCCAGUACGGGAUGAAGAGUCAGAGUCCCAAAGAAAAGCUAGAUCCAGGCAAGCAAGACAGUCUAGAAGAUCUACGCAGGGCGUAACACUGACAGAUCUUCAAGAAGCUGAAAAAACUAUAGGAAGGAGUCGUCCCACGCGAACCAGAGAACAGGAAAAUGAAGAAAAAGAAAAAGAAGAGAAAGAAAAGCAAGACAAAGAAAAACAAGAAGAAAAGAAGGAAUCUGAAACUAAAGACGAUGAUUAUAGACAAAGAUAUUCCCGAACUGUUGAAGAGCCAUAUCAUCGCUAUAGACCAACUUCAACUUCAACUUCUUCAUCAUCCACCUCUUCGCUCUCCACCUCCACUAGCUCUCUUUCAACUUCAAGUCAACUAAACAGACCAAACAGUCUUAUAGGUAUAACUUCUGCCUAUUCUCGGAGUGGAACAAAGGAAAGUGAGAGAGAAGGGGGCAAAAAAGAGGAAGAAAAAGAAGAAGAUAAGUCACAGCCUAAGUCUAUAAGGGAAAGGCGGCGACCAAGAGAAAAACGACGAUCUACAGGAGUUUCUUUUUGGACUCAAGAUAGUGAUGAAAAUGAACAGGAGCACCAGUCUGAUUUAGAAGAAGGAACAAAUAAGAAAGAAACUCAG